UGACAGUCAAAGUGUCAUAUGCCUAGUCAAGAAUCAAGUGUUUCAUGGGAGGUCUAAGCAUAUCAAGAAUGUGGAAGGAAUGGGGGAAACAGCCCGUCAAGAGGUUGCAGACCCAAUGACUGGGUUCUGCAGCUCGAGUGAUAGCAAGGCACGCUCGAGCGGCAGUUCUCAGACUCAGGCGAAAAAGAAUACCCGCUCGAGCGGCAAUCUCAUACUCGAGUAG